GCAGUGGGUUAGGCGUGGGUUUAGGUCUCCGUAAAGCCCCUCUGGUGAGCAGGGCAGUGCCGUCUUCCUUCCUUGACACCGGCUUACACAUGGAGCGGAAACUGGGACCCUGCUCCCUCCCCCACUUCUGACCCCUGACGGGAACUCAGAGGCCAAAGUCUGCCCCAAGCCCGCAGGGUUCAGGAGGGGGCAAGACCAUGGAGCGGCUCCAGGCUCUACUGCAGACAGCGCGACCCUCUCAGAGCAUCUACACGCGGGUGGAAGGCCCUCUCCAGGGGCACCUCGAGGAGGAAGAGGAAGAGGGCGAGGAGGGUGUCAAGCUGUCUGCUCACUUCUGUCCCAUGGAGCUGAAGGGCCCUGAGUCCCUGGACUCUAGAUCCGGGCCACAAAACCUCAUACCCUGGGCAGCAGCAGGACGCAAGGCUGCCCCUUACCUGGUCUUGACGGCCCUACUGAUCUUCACUGGGGCCUUCCUCCUGGGCUACGUGUCCUUCCGCGGGUCCUGCCAAGCAUGUGGGGACUCAGUGUUGGUGGUCAGCGAGGACGUCAACUCUGAGCUGGACUCCCACCAAGGCACACUGUACUGGAGUGACCUCCAGGCCAUGUUCCUGCGACUCCUGGGGGAGGGGCACCUGGAGGACACCAUCAGGCAGACCAGCCUUCAGGAGCGAAUGGCCGGCUCAGCCGGAAUGGCAGCCCUGGCCAACGACAUCCUUGCAUCGCUGUCCCGCCAGAAGCUGGACCACGUGUGGACUGACACGCACUACGUGGGGCUGCAGUUUCCAGAUCUGGCUCACCCCAACACCUUGCACUGGGUCGAUGAGGAUGGGACGGUUGGGGAGCAGCUUCUGCUGGAGGACCCUGAUGCCUACUGUCCCUAUAGUGCCAUUGGCAAUGUCACGGGAAAGCUGGUGUACGCCCACUAUGGGCGGCCGGAGGACCUGCAGGAGCUGAGGGCCCUUGGUGUGGAGCCUGCAGGCUGCCUACUGCUGGUGCGCGUGGGGAAGACCAGCUUUGCUCAGAAGGUGGCCACUGCACAGCAUGCUGGGGCCCGUGGGGUGCUUUUGUACCCUGACCCAGCAGACUUCUCCCAGGACCUGCACAAGCCAGGCCUAUCCAGCCAGCAGGCUGUGUACGGACACGUGCACCUGGGAACUGGGGACCCCUACACACCUGGCUUCCCUUCCUUCAAUCAAACCCAGUUCCCGCCAGUGUCAUCCUCGGGCCUCCCCAGCAUUCCUGUCCAGCCCAUCAGUGCAAACAUUGCCUCCCACCUGCUGAGGACGCUCAAAGGCCCAGUGGCCCCCCAGGAAUGGCAGGGUCACCUCCCAGAGUCCCUUUAUCACCUGGGUCCUGGGCCAGGCCUGCACCUCGCGGUCAACAACCACAGAACCUCCACCCCCAUCAACAACAUCUUUGGGUGCAUCGAGGGCUUUGCAGAGCCCGGUGUGUUUGCUGCCCCAUCACCCAAGGGGGGGGCCCUGCUUGUGGCUAUCUCCAUCACCAUUAUAGUGAGAGAGAGCAGAACCUAUGGGCAACAUGGGCUGGGAUGGGGGCUUGAUGAGAUGGAAGGACCCCCCUGGGGGACCAAGACAGAGGGAAACAAAAGGCAGGUCACUAGUGGUCCCCAGAGGAGCCCAUGCUUCCUCACUCCCCCUUGGUCCUCAGGCUUCCGGCCCCGAAGGAGUCUGCUCUUCAUCAGCUGGGAUGGAGGUGAAUUCGGCAGUGUGGGCUCCAUGGAGUGGCUGGAGGGCUACCUCAGUGUGCUACACCUCAAAGCUGUGGUCUACGUGAGCCUGGACAAUGCAGUGCUGGGGGAUGACAAGUUCCAUGCCAAAACCAGCCCGCUUCUGAUCAGCCUUAUUGAGAACAUCCUGAAGCAGGUGGACUCCCCCAACCAUAGUGGGCAGACUUUGUAUGAACAGGUGGUGUUCACCAGUCCCAGCUGGGAAGCAGAAGUGAUCCAGCCUCUGCCCAUGGACAGCAGUGCCUAUUCCUUCACCGCCUUUGCCGGGGUCCCUGCAGUGGAGUUCUCUUUCCUGGAGGAUGACCAGGAAUACCCAUUUCUGCACACAAAGGAGGACACCUAUGAGAACCUGCACAGGAUGCUACGAGGCCGCCUGCCAGCUGUGGCACAGGCUGUGGCCCAGCUUGCCGGACAGCUCCUCAUCCGGCUCAGCCAUGACCACCUGCUGCCCCUCGACUUUGGCCGCUACGGGGAUGUGGUCCUCCGGCACAUUGGCAACCUCAAUGAGUACUCUGGGGACCUCAAGGCCCGUGGGCUGACCCUGCAGUGGGUAUACUCGGCGCGGGGGGACUACAUCCGAGCAGCAGAGAAACUGCGGAAGGAGAUCUAUAGCUCUGAGGAGAGCGACGAGAGGCUCAUGCGAAUGUACAACGUGCGCAUCAUGAGGGUGGAGUUCUACUUCCUGUCCCAGUAUGUGUCACCGGCUGACUCCCCAUUCCGCCACAUCUUCCUGGGCCAUGGAGACCACACGCUGGGUGCCCUGCUGGAUCAUCUACGGUUGCUACGCCCUGAAGCCUCCAGGGCCCCCAAGGCCUCUGGACUGCUGCCGGACCUGAGCUUCCAGGAAAGUCGCUUCCGGCGCCAGCUGGCCCUGCUCACCUGGACGCUGCAGGGCGCAGCCAACGCACUUAGUGGUGAUGUCUGGAACAUCGAUAACAGCUUCUGAGACCUGGGGCCCCUGGAUCUACACACCUCUGUGCCCUUGGUGACAGCUCUUUCUCUCCCUUCUUAUGCAGUGCAGGGUGAAGGAGGUGACUCUGUCCACCUCUCGUGACCCCUUACCCCCUUAUCCCCUGUGGUCUCUCCACGGGCCCAGAACAGACAGCCAUACACCUUGGGCCUGCAGUGGAGUUGAGCAGAUCUGCCUUAAUGUGACAGUCAUACUGUCUAUUAAGCAGAGAGCAGCAUCCCCUCAGGUAGUCUCUUGCUCUUAAGAACUGGAUCCCCAGAACUAGAGCCCAUGUGAAGCCUUGCACCUGGUCCUGGGCCCUGCACCUGGUCAGCUCCCUUAUGGGAGACAUGCCCUGGCACCACAGCCUUAUGAUGGCCAACAGGUCGUCUGUGGCACAAGGGAUAUGGGGUUUCUAAGUCAAUAAAGCACCUGGUGACAUCUGUUGCUCCUAA